AGAGGCGGCCGUGCGGUGGCAGUGGCAGCUGUACGAUGGCAGCAGAAGCAGCGGCGUCCCGCGUCCCGGGAGACCAGAGUCCCGGCAUGGACGCCCGACUGGACCAGGAGACGGCGCGGUGGCUGCGCUGGGACCAGAAUCCUUUAACUCUGGAGUCAGUGAAACAACUGAUUGCAGAAGGUAAUAAAGAAGAACUACAGAAAUGUUUUGGGGCUCGGAUGGAGUUUGGGACCGCAGGCCUCCGAGCUCCUAUGGGAGCAGGGAUUUCUCGUAUGAAUGACUUGACCAUCAUUCAAACUACACAGGGAUUUUGCAGAUACCUGGAAAAGCAGUUUGGUGACCUGAAGCAGAGAGGCGUAGUGAUCAGCUUUGAUGCCCGAGCUCAUCCCCCCAGUGGUGGCAGCAGCAAAAGGUUUGCUCGACUUGCUGCAACUACGUUCAUCAGCCAGGGGAUUCCUGUGCACCUCUUUGCUGAUAUAACCCCCACUCCCUUUGUGCCCUACACAGUGUCACAUUUGAAACUUUGUGCUGGGAUCAUGAUCACCGCCUCCCACAAUCCAAAGGAAGACAACGGUUACAAGGUCUACUGGGACAAUGGAGCCCAGAUCAUCUCUCCCCAUGAUAAAGGGAUUUCUCAAGCUAUUGAAGAAAACCUGGAGCCCUGGCCUCAGGCUUGGGAUGACUCUGUCAUUGACAGCAGCCCCCUGCUUCACAACCCCAGUGCCGCCAUCAAUAAGGACUACUUUGAAGACCUUAAAAAAUACUGUUUUCACAGGAAUGUGAACAAGGAAGCCAAAGUGAAGUUUGUGCACACGUCAGUUCACGGAGUGGGGCAUGGCUUCGUGCAGUCGGCUUUCAAGGCUUUUGACCUGGUUCCCCCGGAAGCUGUUCCCCAGCAGAGAGAGCCUGAUCCCCAGUUCCCAACUGUCAAGUACCCCAACCCUGAAGAGGGUAAAGGUGUCUUGACUUUAUCUUUUGCUUUGGCUGACAAAAUCAAAGCCAACAUCAUUUUAGCAAAUGACCCGGAUGCCGAUCGACUUGCUGUGGCAGAAAAGCAAGACAGUGGUGAGUGGAGAGUAUUUUCAGGCAAUGAGCUGGGCGCCCUCUUGGGCUGGUGGCUCUUUACAUGUUGGAAAGAAAAGAACCCAGAUCGCAGUGCCCUCAAAGACACAUACAUGCUAUCCAGCACCGUGUCCUCCAAAAUCUUGCGGGCCAUUGCCUUAAAGGAGGGCUUCCACUUUGAGGAAACAUUAACUGGUUUUAAGUGGAUGGGGAACAGAGCCAAACAGCUAAUACACCAAGGGAAGACUGUCUUAUUUGCAUUCGAAGAAGCUAUUGGGUACAUGUGCUGCCCUUUCGUCCUGGACAAAGAUGGAGUCAGUGCUGCUGUCAUAAGUGCAGAAUUGGCGAGCUUUCUAGCAGCCAAGAGUUUGUCUCUGUCUCAGCAGCUGAAGGCCAUCUAUGUGGAGUAUGGCUACCAUAUUACCAAAGCUUCAUAUUUUAUCUGCCAUGAUCAAGGCACCAUUCAAAAAUUAUUUGGAAACCUAAGAAACUAUGAUGGGGAGAAUAAUUAUCCAAAAACUUGUGGAAAAUUUGAAAUCUCUGCCAUUAGGGACCUUACAACUGGAUACGAUGACAGCCAAUCUGAUAAAAAAGCAGUUCUUCCCACUAGUAAGAGCAGCCAGAUGAUCACAUUCACCUUUGUGAAUGGCGGUGUGGCCACCAUGAGAACCAGUGGGACAGAGCCCAAGAUCAAGUACUACGCCGAGCUCUGUGCCCCACCCGGCAACAGUGAUCCUGAGCAGCUGAAGAAGGAACUGAACGAACUUGUUGAUGCUAUCGAGGAAAACUUUUUCCAGCCACAAAAGUAUCAUCUGCAGCCAAAGGCAGAAUGAAGGGUUCCAGUCUGAUUGGAUUUCCAUUUACCUCCAGUUAAGCAGAACUUGAUUUUUAUAAAGCAAUAUUUCUGAAGACCCAGAAAUUCAAAUGAUCACUCUGAAGUAUUAAUAUAGCUUGCAAUAAUACGUUUUCCUCUUUGUUUUAUGUUUAUUCUUUAAGAAGAACUAGAGAAGUAAGCAAACAUCCUUAUUAAAAUGCUGCCGGGGCCAAUGUCCUUUGCCUGUAAUCCUGGUUACUCAGGAGACUGAAAUACACGUGUGUUUGAAGCUAGCCUUGGCAAGAACACCUUUAUCUCCAGAAAACUCCCCAAAAGCUGGAAGAGAAGCUGUGGCUCAA